AUGAAUAACUUCAAAGGCAAUAUAGUAUAGUUUGAAUUAAAAAUGAAUUAAUAAAGUUUGUGCUUAAGAUUUCAAGCAUUGCAUCAACAUAGACAUCUCUCCCAUCCAAUUUAUCAUACACCCAAAUCUAAAUAACAACGAAGCUAUAGUUUGCCUAAACUAUUUGUCUUUAAUACUAGGAAACAAUUUCAUGAGAUUCCUUAAAAAAUGAGAAGAAAAAGUUGUGACUGUCAGGAAUGUGGAAAAAUGACAAGCUUCCAAUAUAAAAAUAUGAAUAUCCCAUUCAUUCUCAAGCCAUGUAGAAUAAGAAAGCAACCAUCUCUCAAAAAUAAUCGAUUAUUGACUGCAUAAAAUACAAAAAAACUAUUUCGCAAAUUCUCUGCCUCAAAAUAAGAUUCUUUAAUUAGUACUUCAUCUUCUCAAUUAAUGCUUACUUCUCUCCGUAGAGCAUCAGCAAGAACUACAGAAAAACUUAUUGAAGAUACCCAAAUUCGCAUACUUGAGCCUCUUAAAACUUGUAAAAGCCAUUUCUAAUAAAAUUCUUAAAAACAAGAAAUAAAAAAGAUUACAUUAUAAAUUCCAAAAUCAUCAAGAAUUAUCAAAACACAACCUUCUGAUCACUAAAAGAUAAAGUUACCAUAGACGCUUAAAAGUAUGAAGUAAAUUCAAACUAGAAACUUUCUUUGCUCGUACUUAACUAAAUAUAAGAAAUCGAAAACAUUUAUGGUUUAAUAAAAGAUAUGA